AUGAAAAAAGCCAUCACCUCCCUCGUUGGGACCCUGCUGCUCGCGCUGGCCGCCACCCCGGCCUCGGCCGGCAAGCUGUUCCUGUCCGGCGGCGCCUACGACGACGCCAAUGUCGACCUCUUCGUCAACGGCCUGCGCAAGGCCACCGGGCGCGACGCGAGCUUCACGCCCGUCAUCACGAGCACCGCCAACUGCGGCACCAACUGGGCCACGACCGCCUGUCCGCGCAUCGCCGUCGUCACCGCCGCGAAGGACAGUUAUGCCACCGGGCUGGACGCCUUCCAGAACGACAUCCCGGCCACGUCCACCACCUCGCUCAAGCGUGGCUACUACAACCUCUUCCAGACCCACGGCUUCAGCCCGAAGUUCAUCACCGCGCACGUCGACAACUACGGCGUGCACGCCAGUGCCAGCACCCCCGAGGGCCAGGCCAACAUCGCGAUCCUGAACCAGGCCGACGCCGUGUGGUUCGUCGGCGGCGACCAGGCCAAGAUCAUCCGCACCUUCCUGACCGACAGCGGCGCCGACUCCGGCAUCGCCGCCGCGCUGCGCGCGCGCUGGAACAACGGCAGCGGCAGCAUCGUCAUCGCCGGCGACUCGGCCGGCAACCAUGCGCUCAACGUGAAGAUGCAUGCCGCCGGCGUGAGCUACGGCUACCUCUACUACGGCGCCGACCUGCCCAGCACGCCGGUGACCGGCUGGCAGACGCUGGGCGACACGCGCGACGGCACCACGGCCCUGCGCUACCUGGAGAACGGCGCCACGAUGAAGGCCCUGGGCUUCCUGCCCGCGGGCAUCCUGAGCGACACGCACUUCGACAGCCGCUCCGGCCGCCUCGGGCGCCUCGCGGCCGCGCUGCGCAGCCUCGGCGUGCAGCAGGGCUUCGGCGUGGACGAGAACACCGGCGUCGUCGUCGACACCUCGGCCCAGACGGCGACCGUCUAUGGCGCCAACAAGCUGCUCAUCGUCGACACCGCCGCGGCCAGCGUCCAGACCGGCACCUACUACAAGGUCAACGGCCUGCGCGUGAGCCUGCUCACCCCCGGCGACAAGUACAACUACUCGACCAAGGUCGUCACCAGCAGCAAGAGCGCCAUCGGCACCGCCUACUACUACAGCAGCUACUACGACUCGAGCGACAUCUUCGCGGCGCUCGAAACCUCCAAGUCGCUGACGCGCGUCGUGGACCAGACGCCCACCACCAACAUCGGCACCGCGCCGGUGCCGGUCUACAGCAGCGGCCCGAGCUACCCAAGCGGCGCCCCGGUCAUCAAGCUGCGCUUCACGCGUGAUGCGACGACCAAGGGUUACUACAGCAGCGGCAAGUACACGGUCGACAAGGUCAAGGUCGACAUCUACUGA